UUCUAUUGUACUUUGAACUUGUGCCAAAGGUCGUGUGUGUCGUCACGCCAUUUAUGCAGAACCAUUGGAAAAGAUCGGCAAGAAACACCUCGUGGAAACGGAAAGUCGUAACUGAAAAGACGAUAUAAAGGACUUCAGAAAACCUUUUGUCCUCGUACAUUUUACGGCGCCUAAUCUACCGAAAAUGCGCAGUGGCUAUUAUAUUAAUAUCAGCCAGGAGAUCCAAGUUAUUGAAAUUGGUGCUUUAGCAGCUGGCGCACAUCCUGGAGCCAGGUGGUGAGCGGCCUGUUCAACUCGGUGUUCAGCCUGGGGCUGGUCGCCUGCAUCGUGAGCCACUACAGGAUGGGCGCCCGGUCGUGGAGUGAGCGGCGCAGUCGGCCGGCGCCCCACGACCCGCAGCCCUACCAGCACGUGCUCCUGCCGCCCGUGCAGUCGGCACUGUACUCGUCGGCUAGCGCGGCGGAACGGCAGCGGGCCGCCCUGGCCGCGGCGCGCGACGCCCAAGUGCGCGCGGCGUCGGUGCGCACCGACUUGGCGCUGGAACUGCCGCCGACGGUGGCGCUGCCCGAGGAGCAUCCGCUGGCCGGCAGCGUGAGGCUUCGCGACGCCGACCAGGAGCAGGAGCUGUACGGCGCGUGCGUGCGCGCGCCGCCCAACCGGACGGUGCGCGACGGGAGUCCACCGUGCGGCGGCGGCGGCCGGCUGCGGCGCGUCGUCGUGCGCUCCAACUCGGUGACCCCCUGCAACCGGACUGCGCGCUGGCACAGCCCGGACUGCCAGCGGCCCGGGGGUGUUUGACCCCGCGCCCCGCGCUAUCUGUCUUUCAAUGGGCCAUGUGAUACGCUUCAGUGCCUGCCCCCCUUCGGGCCGCCGCGGCCCGCCCCCCUCUUUGUACAAACACGCCGGAGGGAAGAAGAACAAAGUAAACGUGACGAAGGCAUUGCCAGCGCCUGCCCAGGGGACUGACCCUGGGGUCCGCAUCCAUGGUACAAAUGUCUUCACAAUUAACUCUCAAGCAUUCCUAGUCAUGUUGUUGCUUCUGCUGCGAAUAGUGCAAGUCUUAGACGAAACCAAAUGGGCAAGGACCGCCGCCGAGAGGACUUCGCAAGUGUGUGCGCACGUUUCGCUGCUCUGUGUGCCCAGAGCCAAGCCCGUGUUGCGUGUCUUACUUGCAUUCAACAAGCCUGUGUACAAAGGCAUUCUCUAGCGGAAUUAUUGGAUGCACGUUCUAGUAAAACACACAACUUUUAACCCAACAUUUUUUUCGUUUGUCUUUCACAUGUAUGUUCAGUAACUUAGGGACAAAACUCAGUAGUGUACAAAUUUUUUAGAACGCAGACAUAUACUCACGGCUUUAAGUAUUGUUUACAAGAUUGGCUAUAAAAAUGUGUUUUGCCCUCAAAAUGAACAGCUUUGGUCACUGGUCUUAUAAGAAAAUUAAUGACAGACAAGCUUAGCCGACUUUGUUGUAACCCUUUGAAAAGCUCAAUAGGGCCUUUGGACUUUUGAGCAAUACUUUCAACCUUUUUUUGUACAUUCACUUAUUGUGUUGCACUGUGUCCGGAGCAGUUCGUGCGUUUUGUUUUGAAAAAGCCUUGAAGAAGAUCAGCACGAAUUAUGACGCUGUUUGCUGACGCACUACCAGUUGAGUUUGCCAGCAACUGACUCGUUGAAGGAAAACUGUUAGUCACCAGGGUGAUGGCCUCCCCUGCGAUAGAGCAUUUGUGAAGAUAUUUUUCCAUGAUCAUUCGCGCUUGGUUCCUGCAAAGCUCAGUAGGAAAAGAGUGGACAGACUGAGGGGCAGUUGUUGCGCAUGCAACAGAUGUGUAUAUAUUGUCCAAUGCCUAUUACGUGUAGAGUUCACCAUGUCAUCAUGACUGUCUAUAUUCAUCAUUAAAAAUAACUACUGCUGUACUUGUUCAUGAACUCCAGGCACAUUAUUCAGUGGCUGCAAAGUAUUCCCUCAUUUUAAGCAGUCUGUGCUACCAUCUUGGUUACAGAUAUAUUUCUCAUUUAUGGUUCCCAUGCUGAGUUGUACAGAUUGCAAUCCCUGGCCUUGUGGGCUGCGGUUCUCGCCGAGAGGUGCGGAAGGAAUCGUGGCUCGUGCAGCUACUGUGGCCCGCUGCUCUAGUGGCUGGCUGUCUCGUAUUAAAACAAAAAAAAAAAGCUCUGUCCGGAGAGAAGUUGUCGUAGUCGUUGCAAUGGCAGAAUAAAAGACUGCAUAAACCCUAGUGUUUGGGUUGGAUUAAACCUGCGACGGUCGUCGAGGUUAGUUGGGGCUCUAUGCAAGUCGCUCCCAGCUUUCAGAAUCGACAUCUCCUGUGGUUAGCACCACUCCUCCUGUCUGCUUGGACGUCAAUGCAAAACUCGGCUUCCCUUGCAGCGUAGACGAACCACCUGUGAGAAAAAAAAAACUGCCUUCUGCAGAUCGUGUUCCUAACAAAACGAGCGUGUGGUAUAUUUUGUAGCAUAUGUGUGUAUUCUACAGAUUAUGCCCCGCAUCCGUAAAUUGUUCUUGUAGCGACAGAUGUAGCGAAACAAAGCAUGAUUGACAGCACACUGAGGACUUCUGCUGGACUAAUUGAUGCUGCUGGUGCAGUGGCUGCUAUGCAACAUUUUGUUUUCUUGUUGACGCCACUAUGUGUUCAAAUUAGGGUGGCAGCUGUGUUUCGUUGUGCUGACACAGUUUUGAAAUGCAAACUAUGAACUUUGCUUUUCAUACCUCACUAGUCAUAUGUGUGAACUUAGGUGUAUACUGUGGUGUCGUGGCACAAAAAAAAAAGAAAAAGAAAUAUGGCGUGGGAGUCAGGAUUAUGGUUCGCUUCUACGGUGCUUGCCUUGGCAGAACAGCUGCGCUUUUGCGUCACGCGACCGAUUCGAUAAGGCGGCCCAGUGAAGCGGCUCCGGGCAUUGUUUUUUUUUUUCGCACUAUGACAGCAGUGCGCGGAUCCCCGUCUAAAUAUUCGAGUUGUAAGGAAGAACGCAACGAAUUUAGAGGUAUUUCUGAAAGCGCGAGUAGCGUCCUGGUCUUCAACUCGAACAAUUCAAAUGCCACGGCGAUAGUGGAGGAAAUUUUCAACACCUACAGCAGGAUCGGCUAGCGUUCCAGCGCGAACGAACGGCAAAACUCUACUGGUAAAACGAAUGCGGGGUUAACAAGUGGCCAUGCCAAAAGUGACCCUUGAAUGCCAUGCUAGUGCCCCGGUACCCUCUGCUCCCGAAGGGCAGGCGCUUCUUCGAACGAACGUAAUCCUGUCGACCAUACGCGUGAGAUGUGCGCGAAAACACGGUACAGCAGCCAGCGCUUAUUGCAUCGAAUAAGGUUCACGUAUUUCAAUGCGUACAUUUCCACUGCAUCAGUGGAUGCGAAGCUUAUUUCUGCGCUCUCAGACGUUAGCAGAUUGUUGAAUUCGUCGCGACAGUGCCGUUGUCGUGUGUCGUGCGCCAUACUUUUGCCUAGAUAACGGUUCGUGAGUGGCGUCGCAAAUGGAAUGUUCAGAAGACGUUUCGAAAUUGCCGGAAGUAGUCGUUGUCAAUUGCUGUUUCUAUUAUUUCGCUUUCUUAGUACUGCCGCUCUGAAUUGAUGCGGAGCGAACGAGGUCGCUGCACAAAGGCUGCGUGUCGUGAAUGUCGGCAGCCUUUUGCCGCGCCUGUUGUGGAGGUCGAAAAGCAAGGUUGCAGGGACACAUCGCCGGACGCACGCUAGCUUUUGCGGCUGGUGCUUCAGAGAGCGUGCGCGCGAAAGAGGUGCUUGUACAACUGUGUGACUGAUGUAUCCCUUGCUUAAGGGGCCUGGAGUUGGUUUAAAUAAACGGAUAAAAAUA